CACAAACCAAAAAAAUUCCCCAAGAAAAAUUCCAAGAUUUACUGUUGUUGAAAAAUGUCGGGUCGUGGAAAGGGAGGCAAGGGUUUGGGCAAAGGAGGAGCCAAGCGUCACAGGAAGGUUCUGAGAGACAACAUCCAAGGCAUCACCAAGCCAGCGAUUCGGAGGCUAGCCCGUAGAGGUGGCGUCAAGCGUAUCAGCGGUCUGAUUUACGAGGAGACUCGUGGUGUCCUCAAGAUCUUUUUGGAGAACGUCAUCCGUGACGCCGUCACCUACACAGAGCACGCACGGAGGAAGACGGUGACCGCCAUGGAUGUGGUUUAUGCUCUCAAGAGGCAAGGAAGGACUCUCUAUGGAUUCGGCGGCUAGGGUUUUCAAAUUGUUUUUUUGGUUAAAUCAAAUCUCAGAUGUGAGAUUGUCUUUUAGAA